GAUUUACAAAUUUCUAGCAGCUCUAAAAGUGAAUAUAAUAGUGACAAUAAUUUAAAUGAUUAUGUAUCUACGGAUAAUCUAAAAGAUAAUAAUAUACUUAAAAGUGAUUUGGAAACUGGCGAUAACUAUGAGAUAUACUAUGAUGCUAAAAAUGCUUUUGGAAUUUCUAAUAUCCAAUAUGCUUAUGGUGAUCCUAGAACUAUUCGAUCAAUUCAGAAAUAUCCAUUUUUAGAUAUACCUGUCAAAAAAACCUACCGCUCGUGCCUUAGUGUAAAAGUAUACGAAUUUAGCUUAGCAACUCUUGAUAUUGAAUAUAUAUCAGUUAAUUUUGAAGAUCAACAUUAUAAAACAUCUUAG